CGCCCUCCGGAGACCUCCCUGGGCUUGGGCGCCCCUCCCCCACCCCACCUGAAGGAAAGGGAGGCGUUGGGGGUCUCCCCGCUUCCAGUCCUGGAGGACCGGGUCAGGCAUUGUUUUCUUGCCUAUUGUUCCAGUCCCGCGCCCCCCACCCCAAGUUGAGGGAGUUUGGGGACAGUCUAGGGGGCAAUGAGUGUACUCUCCGCGCACCACACCGCCAGUGUCGGGGAAUGUUUACCUUCGAGGCGUCCCCCUCCUGACCGGUUAUUUUGGUCCGGGCUCCGGGAGGGAGAGGUCAAGGGGGAGUCAUUCCCCCUCCCGCUUCCGGAUACUGGGAGGAGCGGAAUUGGGAAGGGAGGAGAAGGGUCCCAGGGGAGAGGGGACUCCUAAAAUCCUCCGGGAAAGAGAACGGAUAGAAGAGAGGUUGUACCGGGGGCCAGAAUCGAGAAGAGGGAGGUUUGGAGUUUCCCCCAGCAGCACAUGGUUCGGGAGUUAACUCCUUGAGGAAUCUUGCUGAGGGCGCAGGCUGGCAUCUCCCACCUGCUUGGCACAGCCAGCUGUGCCCACCCCCUUCCUGGGAUAGCCCUUAAUGCUGUCGCUGUAGGCUCUUCCCGCCACUCUGCUAUAGGUUACCUGCAGUGCACCUGCCCUCAGCCUUGACCUUAGACCUGUACCUAGUAUAGUUAGAAGCAGAAGAUAAAGUCCCUGGACCCCCAGCUUCUCUGCCUCUUCGCUACUGUCCCUUUAAGAAAUGCCCCCCCAAUAACAACAAAAACGUGUUUGACUAUUGUAAAUGUUGUCCCUCUGGUUUUCUCCAUUCCCGGUGAUCUAUGGCAGGAGCUGGGAAACAGGUCCAGAAAGGGCAUGGGGGAGAAUCUUCUAGAGUUUAAGGUCAAGGACUCAGACUUCCCACCUCUGUUUGGAGUUCUUGAAGGUUGGCUGUGUGCUGUUGGGCAUUCUUUGUGGUCCUACUGGCUAAUGAGUAACCCCCAGGCAGGGAAGCAGCCCCUCCUGCUGGAACUGGCUCUAGUCCUUUAGAGUCACACACCCCCACCCCCAGUUACUCUGGGAAAAGCCACUGCUGACAGAUUUGCUCCUGUGACUCUCCUCCCUGACCCCCAGCUUGCUAUGGCAUCGUCCAGGUGCCAACAGGACCCUGGUUCUGCCGGAAAUGUGAAUCUCAGGAGCGAGCAGCCAGGGUGAGGUGUGAGCUGUGCCCACACAAAGACGGGGCAUUGAAGAGGACUGACAAUGGAGGUUGGGCCCAUGUGGUGUGUGCCCUCUACAUCCCUGAGGUGCAGUUUGCCAACGUGCUCACCAUGGAGCCCAUCGUGCUGCAGUAUGUGCCUCAUGAUCGCUUCAACAAGACCUGUUACAUCUGCGAGGAGCAGGGCCGGGAGAGCAAGGCAGCCUCGGGAGCCUGCAUGACCUGUAACCGCCAUGGAUGUCGACAAGCUUUCCAUGUCACCUGUGCCCAAAUGGCAGGCUUGCUGUGUGAGGAAGAAGUGCUGGAGGUCGACAAUGUCAAGUACUGCGGCUACUGCAAAUACCACUUCAGCAAGAUGAAGACUUCUCGGCACACCAGUGGGGGAGGUGGAGGAGCAGGAGGAGGAGGAGGCAGCGGCACAGGGGGAGGUGGCAGUGGCUUCAUCACUGGCCGGAGAAGUCGGUCAGCCUCGCCAUCCACCCAACAGGAGAAGCACCCUUCCCACCAUGAGAGGGGCCAGAAGAAGAGUCGAAAGGACAAGGAACGCCUUAAACAGAAGCACAAGAAGCGGCCUGAGUCACCCCCCAGCAUCCUUACCCCACCCAUGGUCCCCACUGCUGACAAGGUCUCCUCCUCGGCUUCCUCCACCUCCCACCAUGAGGCCAGCACUCAGGAGACCUCUGAGAGCAGCAGGGACUCGAAGGGGAAAAAGUCUUCCAGCCAUAGCCUGAGUCACAAGGGGAAGAAGCUGAGCAGUGGGAAAGGUGUGAACAGUUUCACCUCCGCCUCCUCUUCUUCCUCCUCCUCUUCCUCCUCCUCUGGGGGGCCCUUCCAGCCUGCAGUUUCAUCCCUGCAGAGCUCCCCUGACUUCUCUGCCUUCCCCAAGCUGGAGCAGCCAGAGGAGGACAAGUACUCCAAGCCCACAGCCCCCACUCCUUCAGCACCCCCCUCUCCCUCAGCCCCUGAGCCCCCCAAAGCUGACCUCUUUGAGCAGAAGGUGGUCUUCUCUGGCUUUGGGCCCAUCAUGCGCUUUUCCACCACCACCUCCAGCUCUGGACGGGCCCGGGCCCCAUCCCCUGGGGACUAUAAGUCUCCCCACGUCUCGGGGUCUGGAGCCUCAGCAGGCACCCACAAGCGGAUGCCCACACUGAGCGCUGCCUCUGCGCCUGCCGAGGAGACCUCUGAGACAGGCCUGAAGGAGAAGAAGCACAAAGCCAGCAAGAAGAGCCGACACGGGCCAGGCCGUCCCAAGGGCAGCCGGAACAAAGAGGGCACUGGGGGCCCAGCUGUUUCCUCCCUGCCUGGUGCCCAGCUGGCUGGCUUUACCGCCACUGCUGCCUCACCCUUCUCCGGAGGUUCCCUGGUCAGCUCCGGCCUGGGUGGUCUGGCCUCUCGCGCCUUUGGGCCUUCUGGGAGCCUGCCCAGCCUGAGCUUGGAGUCCCCCCUGCUAGGGGCAGGCAUCUAUACCAGUAAUAAGGACCCCAUCUCCCAUGGUGGCGGAAUGCUGCGGGCUGUUUGCAGCACACCCCUCUCCUCCAGCCUGCUGGGGCCCCCGGGGACCUCUGCCUUGCCCCGCCUCAGCCGCUCCCCAUUCACCAGCACCCUCCCCUCCUCCUCUGCUUCUAUCUCCACCACUCAGGUGUUUUCUCUGGCUGGCUCCACCUUUAGCCUCCCUUCUACCCACAUCUUUGGAACCCCCAUGGGUGUCGUUAACCCCCUCCUCACCCAAGCUGAGAGCAGCCACACAGAGCCAGACCUGGAGGACUGCAGCUUCCGGUGUCGGGGGACCUCCCCCCAGGAGAGUCUGUCUUCCAUGUCCCCCAUCAGUAGCCUCCCCGCACUCUUCGACCAAACAACGCCCGCACCCUGCGGGGGCAGCCAGUUAGACCCAGCGGCCCCAGGAACGACUAACAUGGAGCAGCUGCUAGAGAAGCAGGGCGACGGCGAGGCCGGCGUCAACAUCGUGGAGAUGCUGAAGGCGCUGCACGCGUUGCAGAAGGAAAACCAGCGGCUUCAGGAGCAAAUCCUGAGCCUGACGGCCAAGAAGGAGCGGUUGCAGAUUCUCAACGUGCAGCUCUCUGUACCCUUCCCCGCCUUGCCUGCUGUCUUGCCUGCCGCCAAUGGCCCUGUCGCUGGGCCUUAUGGCCUGCCUCCCCAAGCCGGCAGCAGCGAUUCCUUGAGCACCAGCAAGAGCCCCCCGGGGAAGAAUAGUCUUGGCCUGGACAACUCGUUAUCCACGUCUUCCGAGGACCCACACUCAGGCUGCCCCAGCCGCAGCAGCUCGUCGCUGUCCUUCCACAGCACGCCCCCACCGCUGCCCCUGCUCCAGCAGAGCCCUGCUACUCUGCCCCUGUCCCUGCCUGGGGCCCCUGCCCCACUCCCGCCUCAGCCACAGAACGGGCUGGGCCGGGCACCCGGGGCAGCGGGGCUGGGAGCUAUGCCCAUGGCUGAGGGGCUGUUGGGGGGACUGGCGGGCAGCGGGGCCCUGCCCCUCAAUGGGCUCCUGGGGGGGUUGAAUGGGGCUGCUGCCCCCAACCCUGCGGGCUUGAGCCAGGCUGGCGGGGCCCCCACGCUGCAGCUGCCAGGUUGUCUAAACAGCCUAACGGAGCAGCAGAGACACCUCCUGCAGCAGCAAGAGCAGCAGCUCCACCAGCUCCAGCAGCUUCUUGCCUCCCCACAACUGACCCCGGAACACCAGACCGUUGUCUACCAGAUGAUCCAGCAGAUCCAGCAGAAGCGGGAGCUGCAGCGGCUACAGAUGGCUGGGGGCUCCCAGCUGCCCAUGGCCAGCCUGCUGGCAGGAAGCUCCACCCCACUGCUGUCCGCGGGCACUCCUGGCCUGCUGCCCACAGCAUCUGCCCCACCCCUGCUGCCCACCGGAGCCCUGGUGGCUCCCUCUCUCAGCAACAACACAAGUCUCAUGGCCGCAGCAGCUGCGGCUGCAGCAGUAGCAGCAGCAGGAGGCCCUCCAGUCCUGACUGCCCAGACCAACCCCUUCCUCAGCCUGUCAGGGGCGGACGGCAGUGGCAGUGGCCCCAAAGGAGCGACUGCUGACAAAGGAGCCUCAGCCAACCAGGAAAAAGGCUAAAUCUACCCACAGCCCUCCUGACCCCCGCCCCCGCCCGCCGUAAGUGGAGGGGGCAGUCCUGGCCUGAAGGGUCCUAGCCUGGAGCAGGCAUCUGCACCCAGACACUGGAGAGCCCCAGCCCAGAGCACAUGCUGAGACCUGGGGAGUGUGGAGCGCAUCUGGUGCUGAGGACUGAGACAGAGAAGGGAGCUCCUUCCAUCUGGCCCUCUUCCCCCUCUGCACUAAUCCUUUGUGAGGGGCUCAGAGGGAAGACAGGCUCUAAAUCCGCCUAGAAGCCCCUAUUCUCAGCAAAUGUUUUGAGGUCUCCCAGAGAGUAAAGUGGGCCAUGGCAUAAGUGGGGGGGUUGGUUGUACCCGCCACAUAAAAUGGAUCAGCACUUGAGUGGGAAGAAGGGGGGGAUAGGCCCUGGGCCUGCCCCUUUGCAGAAAUCUGUUAUGGAAGAAGAGGUGGCCCUACUGUACCUGCAGUUUCUUCCCAGCCUGAGCAGGUGGCAGGAGGGAUCCCUUGGAUUAUUUCUAGCAGUCCGCUUCCCCUGCCCCCCAAAAAGGGUCACAAGCUGAGCUUGUAAAAGCCCACAGACAAGGGGGCUGAGGAAGGGGCACGAUGGCCUCAAACUUGGCCCAAGCCUCCCCGCCUCUGGGGGGCAGAGCAAUGAUGGGUUGGGGGAGGCCAGGGGGAGGAGGCCCAGCUCCCUGGGUCCCCUGUCCCUUGUUUGCACUAUUGGAUUUAGGAGUGCCGAGGGUGGGGAGAUGGAGCGGCCUGACUCAGAGAGCAUGUGUGCAUGUGUGCGCGUGUGUGUCUGUCUACCUGUCUCUCCCUGGACCUGGGGCAGCUGAGGGCAGGGAUAAGAGUAGCGCUCAUGGGGGGCGCGGGGAGCUCCCAGCUCUUGUUUGCACCCUCCCCACCUCACCAACUUUGGUCCCUUUCUGGGGCAUGAAUGGUUAACAAAAACCAGAACGGUACUCCAAUAUUGGAGAGUAACUGGGGGCUGAGGGCUUUGAAUCAGGGUAAUAUCCUGCCUUCCUUCCCCCAGACCCUACAUGGUCUCAGUGACCCCUCACAGCUCCCCUUCCCCCACUGAUAGUCGAUCCUGCUUCCCUGGCACAAGGGGAGCCCCAGGGAUUGGGGGACAAGGCAUGGGGGCGGGUAAAGUGCCACUUUCUUUAUUGAAGACCUCCCCCCUCCCAGAAUUAGCUCGCCCGCUGCAGAACCCUACCCCCCACCCCCACCAACCAGGGGAGACUUAAGCUUAAGCUGACCUAACAACUGUCCUUUUGCCUACCAGCUAUUUCCCCCGGGUUGUAGUGGGCAGUACUUAAAUUCUCACCUUAAAGAGUCCUCACCUGCCCAGAGCCUUUGGUGGCAAAGGCAGAGAGGCCGGGUGGGACAGCCAGGAGAGGGGCAAGGUUGAAGCCUGUGUCUGUGUUUCAGUUGCACUGGGGUUGGAGCCAGGAGAAGGCAUAUCCAGCUUUCCCUGAUGCUCAUGUCAUGUCAGUCUCUUUGCAUGUGUGGAUUUUUUGUGUGUGUGUUUCUGUUUGGGUUUUUGUUGUUGUUGUUUUUUUUUUUAAUAAAGAAAAGAAGAUGUGUAUAUUUUUGGCAAUGACAGAAACGUAGUGCAGAUAUAUUUUUGCCUGUGCUGCUCAACUGGUUUUUUUCUGAUACUGAAAAUAAUAUUAAUAUUCCUGUUAAGACUUUGUAAGAUGUUAGGGAGCUAAUGAUGGAGGGGGGUGGGUGGGAAUCCUUCAGAGGCAAUUUCUUAGGCACUUGCAAGGGCUUGGGGGGAGGGGGGAGGCAGUUGUGAUGACCUCAGAAAUACUCACUUUUUAUUAAUGCUAAAUAUCAGUUAGAAAUUAUAGAAUUCAGCAUUUUAUUCAUCUUCAUCUAUUAAGCUCUCUAACUCCCUGCCCCCAAACCACUGAAAAGAAAAAUAACCUUCAGAGAUUCUUAGAAGAGUUGUGCAUUCACACCCACACCCUUGCCCAAGGCCCACCCACUUAGAGCUAAAGUCAGCUUCUGUUCUGGAUGGCAUGUGAAGCAAAUCCACUCAGCCCAAGCCUGCUGUGGUGGAGAGUGAGAGGUCCAAAUGAUUUAGUGCACUGGAACCAAGACCUCCCCGCUCCUAGCACCCGAGAAUCUGGGGUUCUCAUCUCCAAGAGUCUGUGUUUUCCAACUUUCCCCGGGCUGGGGUGCAGCAGCAGGUAGCCAGGUUAAAUUUGAAGAUGAGACCUAGGCUGGGUAUGGAUUGGUGGUAUCCUUCGAUUUGGGGUGGAGGUAGGGGCCGAGAGAGGUAGUACAGUUCUAUCUUUUAGGGAGCUUUAUAAUAGGAAAGGUCUGGAGAUCUUCAAGAAGGAGCGGGGUCCCACUGUGGAGGGAUGGCUGUACCGACCCCACCCUCCUCUCCAGCCUCAGUCUCUUUUUCCAGGACAAAUUUGGAUGGGGAGUGGGAAGGGAUGCAGAUUUGUAGGUCUCUGUCUAGGGGAGGGAAAGGAUGUGGUUUGCAGGGUGGAAGUAGAGUUUGAAAAUGCAUGAGAGUGGAGCUUCUACGUCAUCACCCUCAGAGGUAUGAGUGGGGUGUGUUUGCAGAACCACUGUCUGGCCUUGAGGUCACAAUGGGUGCAUGAGUGUCACAGCUUGAACGAACGUGACUUUGGGGUCAUUUAGCCAGCUCCUCACUUCACAGGUGAUACCUCCAACCCUAGGAGGGGCAGGGGCUCAGGCAGAGCCAGGACCAGCCCUCAGGACCCUGGCCUCCUGGUCCUCCACUCUCCCUCCCCACUGCACCGCCUUCACGUGGCUCUCUGUUUGUCACUGUGUGUGACGUGUGGUAUAAGUGCGGGGCUGUGCCCAGAGUGGGAGAAUAUCUAUGUAGCGCUGACUGUCUUAGCUCAGAGCUGAUGGAUCCUCUCUAUUGACAAUGACACUUUAAAGGUUUUUGUUGUUGUUGUUGUUGUUGUUGUUGUUUUAAGUUUUUCCUGUGUGUGAGUUUUUCCCCAGGCCCCAGGGUCUACUGCUGCCUCUAUGUACCCUUACCUUGAGGCUGAUGAGUGUACCUCUGCCAUUCCUGUACUGAGUUGUAGGGAAGUACUGGACAAGUUAGGGGAGCCAGAGCCAGGGGCCAGCUCUGAGAAAGGGUAACCUCCACACUUCCCUUUCCCAAACUGGAAAUGCAGACAAGCUUUUAAAAGCAUAGGCUCCCCUGUGCCAGCUUCCAGCAUCUUCCUUGGUGUGUGGUGGGCUAGAGUUAGGGGUAGGCAGCUUGUUUCCAAUUCUCCUUUAUCCCAACUUAUUUUCCUGGGAAGAGGUGCCUGGAGGGAUUAAAGUCACUUCAAUUAGAAAUCUGGAAGAAGGUGGGGCCCAAGACCCUGAUCACAUCAAUGAGAUUAAAAGUGUCUAGCUCCCUACCACUUCGACUUGAUCUACUGAAAAGUUGGGGACUGUGGGGUGCCUUCGUUUUCCUUUGCUUCCUCUAGCCCAACUUGGGACUUAGGUGGCAGGACUGGAGACCCAAACCCUGAAUCCUACCCCCACCCUUUUCCAUCCCAGCCUGUCUCAAUGUAGCAGACCUUCCUAGGGGAGCAGGGAGGGGAAGCCACAGUUUGCAAACCCAGGGCUCCUUUUUCAUUCUUUCUAAAACCUUUAUAUCCUCAGCCCAAAAGGCAAUGCCCCCCGCUGCCACCUCCAAGCCUGGAAUUGUGCAUAACCCGGAUCUUGUAUCUUUGUAUAACGGAUGUUAUUUGUACGAAGGGCAGUUCGUAUACAGCACUUGUUCUUUUAAUAAAAGAAAGUUUUACAAAAAAAAAAUCCAAAGAGA